AUGACUGCUUACAUAGCGAUCAAAACGAAGAAACUCAUCGGAGCGACAAAAGGUAAGAAGGGAAAAAAGGAGGGAAAGUCGGAAAAAGAAGCGACAAAUUCGACGAGAGCAUCCAACGGCGGUAUCAGUAGCAGCAGCAGCAGCAGCAACCACGCCGAGACCCUUACAUCCCAACCUGGCCACCCGAACUUCCUGAUGGUACCAGGAUGGCACCUCAGAAGACAGAAACAACUCUACAGCAAAUAUAACAAAAGCGUUGACAGCUUAUCCAGACCAAACCUCUCCACUUCAACGUUCUCUCUUGAGAUACCAGAAAACUUCCAGAAAGCCGCGAGUAAUGAAUAUUUAAGUUCUCGUUCUGAUUUCAAUUGCAAAGUGAACAAACGUGAAGGAGAAACCGCUGAUGAAGAUGAAUUUUCGAUAGACCCGACGGUGCUGGAGCGAUUGAGAUUAAAAGCAAAAUACUGCUUGGAAAAAACAUUUUCGACUCCAUCAGGAUCGGAAAGCAGAAGUGCAAACGGUGAUAACAACAACAGGAAGGUGAUAACAUCAAUCAAUGUGGAGGGUAGAUCUUUUCCCUCCGAUCAGAUCAGACCGCUCCCAAAAAUACCAGCGUCUAAACAGUUUCAAGAAACAACAUAUACGAGGAAGUUUUCUAAGUCACCGCUGUUCAGACGUCCUCAGGCAACACCCGUCCUCAGACAACGUUUCAAUGCAAGAACCGAAGACAACAACGAAGGAGAUCACGUAUGCCAAGUGCUCGAGUCAGAAAGUUAUUCACAACCUAUCAGAUUGUUGGAGUCUAUUAACUACAUGUACGAACGAACGUCUUUUGUUAGCGAGCCAGAGGAUAAACCUCAAAUUCUUGAUAUUCCUGUCCCAACAGCAGACUUUUUGAAUAAAAAUAAAACACCUUAUGACCUAAUGAGUAGAACAGAAAAUGAUUUAAAAACUGAAACUGCUGCUAAACCAGCUUACACCGACCCCAUCAAAGUGUUGUACAACCAAAUGAUAUCAAACCUAUCAAAAGAAGAAAGGAACUCAACAAAUGACCAAGCGUUCGAAGACGACGAUGACCAUCUUUACGAGGAAAUAAAUCUCUCUUCUAGAUCCUGGUUUCAGAUGCUGAAAGAUAAAUUCGACAAGUACGUAGGAGGAACUGGCGGUGAUCCAGAAUGCAUAUCCGUGUCUUCUCCAACUAAAUCUGAUUUCGUGUUUCUUUCCGGUUCCGCUAUUGACGAUGAGCAAAAUGUUGAAUUCGGUAAAAUGAGAAACGCGAUUGGUAAGGCUAUCAGGAAAAGUUUGGCGAUGGGUAACAACCUUGAGAAAAUUCAUGAAGAAAUAUCGCCAUCUUUGUUUUUGAAGGGAGAAAAUGAAGUUUCCGAUAAACCUGAUUAUGAGAAUUUGCCGUUUAUAAUUGCAAAUCAACAAAAUGGAAGCGAGACAUCAUCGGAAAAUGGAAAAAUUGAACUAAAUUAA